AUGCUAUCGCAAGAAAAUGUAUUUAGACUUGCAUCAAAAUGCGAAUUUCCAACACCCGAACUUUCAGCGAGUACAUCUCUGGCGAUCUGUAGUCUUGUUGGAAUGAACUUUGUUCCAAUCAUAUCAAACAACCAAUUUUUCUUUCAUCGGCUCGAGUCGAAAAACAUUCUCACAAUCAUUUCGUAUUCAUACAAAACCGGCUUUUCCAUAACAGCAAAGGUAUGCAAUAACUCUGGGUGUUUACAACUCAAUUCAGUAACAGUGGCAAACCCUUUUUCUAAUUUCAAAGAACAAGUCAUUUCCAUCAUCAACUUCUUAUUAAGUCCAUACAUCUCUCCUCCACACCCCAAUCACUCCACAAAUAGUUCCGAAGUUAUUCAAAAAUCUUCCAAUAAUCAACAACAGCAAACACUAGAACAACAAAAAGUUGAGAAAAUUGACACUCCAAACAUAAUUAAACAUCCAGACACAACAUUAAAACCAAAUGAAAAACCACUUGUUUCAAAAUUCGAAAAUGAAAUACCUUUUAUACUUCCCAAAAUAUCGGACGACGAUGAACCCAUCAAAAAAGGACCUCAAGAGGACGUCGGUCCUUCUUCUAUUUUUACUUUUAGUGACUUGGACGAACUUCCUGUGUUACGUUCGAAAUUACCUGUCGUGACGAAAUUACCGCCACCAGAAAAGCAACAACCAAAAACUCAAAAGAAGUCUAAACAACGUGGACAAACACCACCAAGACAAGAAAGUAGUCACACCUUCACUUCUUUUCGUCAUCAAGACAUUAAACAGAUUCCAACUGCUGCAAAGAACUCCGACAAGCUCUUCCAGCAAUUUAGUUCAACAGAGCCGCACUCUGAUACAUCUGAUCAAAGCACGGCACCACCGUCUUUGGUAUCCUCUUCGCCAAUUGGAGUAUGA